AUGAAAGAAUCGUCAUUUCCGGAUAGUUUUGAGCCGCACAAAAUCCCAGAAUUCGACCUAUUAAUAUUCAUUCAUUUCGCUAUAACGUUUAUAGUAAUAGCGUAUCCAUCCUACCGUAUAGUUGCCGGGAAAUUUAAUUGGGAGUUGACAACCAAGACACCAGCAAAGCAUUAUAGUGAUUUAAUGGCAUUGUUUCGAUAUGGAUUUAUUGUAUUUGUGUUGGGCAGGUAUUCGGAAACAUUUGGUAAUCCAAACCGUUGGAUCACGAUAUUAUCAUUCUAUAUCGCAAUAUUUUCCUAUGGUUUAAUUGCCCAAAUACCAUUCACAAAAACUUCACUUCCACGAUGGCGAUCAUGGACAUUAGCAAUGUGGAUUCUAUUCAUUGCGGCAGCGGCUAUUAUUUUAGUAUUUGCCGGUUAUCAUAUUCAUUUGGCAGAUUCUUUUGAGCCGAUAAAUGAGCAGAAUAAGAAAUUUGUCGUUUGGUAUUCGGGGUGUUUGAUUAUCCCGGUUCUGUUGGCGAUUGUUGCGUUGAUGUUUCAAAAAGUGCAAAACGAUUAUGAUUUCAAUAAUAUCGGAGAUAGAAUAUACGUAAAAUAUUUUAAACGUAUUAGAAAAACACAAAUACAAAACAUAAAUGUUAAUGUUGGUAACGAGAACAAUGUAACAAAUAAUAACAGCGAUACGUUAAUCACACAAGGAAAAACCAUCGCCACCCAUUAUGGAUCUCUGGUCAACGAAAAUGAGACAACAAGUUUUCCAGUAAUCCCACCUGGUCCAAAAACCAAAGCCUGCGUCCACUUACAUCAUUGGCAAAUUUUUUACGUAUUGGCUUUCUUUACGCGAUUUGAGGAUCCUUUGUCUCGUAUUGCUAGUGGAAUUGUGCUAGGGAUUUAUACUCAGGGAAUAGCAGCAAAUUUUUAA